AUGAAUGUCGACAAAUAUGCCUCGAGACUGAAGAAUUUGAAGCGACAGAGGGUGAAUUUGGCGGUGAAAAACCGUAAAGAGGUCAACGGAGAGGAAAAGCUUCGUCAGAGGACCCAGAAGCCAGCUGUGUAUAGCAUGAACGAAGAGGACGUUGACGCGGGAGAAGCGGUGGAAGCGACAAAAGCCGCGGAACUGGGAAGUGGGUCAAAUGGCCAGCUUUUCGCUUACAGCAUUAGCGAAUAUGAGCAGUGGGAAGAUCGAGAGCAGAGAAAGAAGGGCACUGACAGUGGUCAGUAUCGAGACCUGGCCAAGGCCACCUAUAAUAAAGAAGUGCAGCAAAUCGUAUCCAGGUUAAAUGACUCUGGGAAGAAAGUGGACAAGCGGACCGCUACUCUCAACACCAAGGGAAAGAUAGUGGUGGACGACAAUCCUGAAUUGGUGAGUGAACUAGCCGGAUUACUGGAACGGAACACUAAGGAACGGUACGCCAAGACCCAGAAAAAACUGGGACGUCGAAAUGCAACGGAGACUCCGGCCACGUCCACGUCCACAACCACGUCCACAGGCUUCGUGAACGAGAAAAAUAAGCAGUUCAACGAAAAGCUGGACCGACAAGCAAAAAGGCUGGAACAGCUGGGUUCAACGCCAAGAAAUUGGGCGCCCUAA